GUUCUUGCCCGUUUUCGCUCGGGUGACGAUCGAUCGGCGAUUCAACGCUCCGUGACCUUGUUUCCGCGCAUCCCUUUCCGCGACACGAUUUCCGGAGAGAUUAAACGAUCGCCUCUCGGAAGAGAGAAAACCACCGGCUCUGUGCGGUGGUUAAACAGAGACGGACGGUUCGUGAUUCCUUCUCUUUUUUUUUUUUUCUUUCUGUGAAGUGCAGUUGUGUUUCGCGCCAAUCCAAUUCCAAUUGUUGAAAAGUGUCACUCGGAUUCUGGCUUCUUCUUUCUUCUUUUUUCACGAGGAUGAACGAUUCAACGAUCUCCGUUGGAAUUUUAUAUCGCUUCUUAGACGAACGGUGAACCAGAUUCUUCGCGGACAUCGCUUAUCUCUUGGAGGGUUUCGCUAUCUGUCAAAACGUGCCCCUCUCCAUCCACAAGGACGAUCAGCCUCAGUUAUCCCGUCCACGAGUCGUGAACCACGAUACGAGAGAGAAUCGACAGUUUCAGCGAGGAUGUCCCUGCACGAGGCGCGUUUACAAGCCCUCCUCUCUUAACAUCUCGUUCCUGCUGCCAUCGACACGAUCCUGCGAGGUGUUGGCUCGAGGCAGGGAUCGGCUUACGGGGGUGGAGGCGCUAUAAAAAUAAAGGAAAUGGGGGUGCCGGAUGUAGAGCAGGCCAAGAGGCGACUCCAGGACAUUCUGAGGAAAGCGCAGAAGCUCGAGAUCCCCCCGCAAGAAGUGAUCUCGACGCGGACCGCCCAGAAGCUUCUUGCGAGGACGAAGAACGUCCUGGCAUGGACGAUCUGGAUCACUGUUUUUAUCCUCCUGCUAAGCGGAGUGGUCUACGCCCGUUGGCCAACGAGGCAAGAAGUCGAGACCAUUAGAACUGUCCUCAGGCGAACGAUAACGUAUCCACGAAAUGGCCGACGAUUAAAUUUUCCGCAAUAAUCUUAAGGGAUGGCCUUAUCGCACAAACUGCGCCGCUCCUUCGAUUUUCGUUUCCAGGGGAAAGAUAUAUGACCGGAACAUAAACCGACAGUUACGAAAGAUCUAACGUCGUUCUCCCUCGAUAGUCACGUCCCUGUCAAUCAUCCAUGCCUGGAAAUUUACCGAUAAAUUCCCUCGAGGUGUUCAUUAUCGAUGCAACUGGAAUUAUUGUUCUAGAUACGCGGCCGAUCGUGAAGGAGAGAAUAAAUUUCGCGACAAGCGACCUGUAUGGUCCAACACGAAGAGAAUUUUUAUUAUUAGAGAUUAUUAUUAUUAUUAGACACGCGGAGAAAGCAUUGUUUUCAACCGAUGAAUUGUAUAUAUACAAUAUAUUUUACUGGUCCUCUAAUUAUUUGUUAAUACAAUUCUUUUAUGAAGAAUAUGUAUAAAAUAAGUAAGUAAAUUUCUAAGUAUUGGAAUAACAGAAAAGAAAGUAAUGGAUAAUAUUUGACAAUGAGUUUCCAUAAGAGUGUAUGUCAUUGAUUUAAAUCAGCAUGAUUUUUUUCUUCUUAAAAAUCAAAAGUAAUGGAUAAUGUCUAAAAAAUUGUAAUAACAAUUUCAAUUCAGAAGCACUAUCUUCAGGAUUGAAAACAACGUUUUCUUUGAUAUGUAGUUUCUCAAAGAAAAAAGAUAAUAUGUAUUUUUCAUAAAAAGAAAGAUCACUAAUAUUAU